CAUAUUUGGACUAACACUUACAUUUAUUGGUGAUCAUACAUCAGAAAAGAAAAUAUACUGCUUUAUAAAUUACAAUGGUGUUGCUGCCACGUUAUUCUGGUAGCCAUUUCUGUAUGAAAAUAUAUCAAAGAGAUAUAUUUUCUAAAGUUUAGUUGUACAUUAAUUUAAUGCAGAGAGUUUCUCCCUUCUGACCUUUGAAUAUGUAGGGUAGGUCACACUGGGACUGUUAUAUUGUCCCUGUAUGAUCCCUGUUCAUCCAAACUUCAGGGUGCCAUUGAUUAGGUAGUUCGUCUACAUACAAGUUGAGCAGCACUGUUCCAUUGCCAUAUUCCCAUUUGGAGCUGCAAUUUCUGCCAGACAAAACCAUGAAAGACUCGCCACCAUUCUGCUCCUUGCUUCUCCUCUUUCUUAUCGGCCCUUCCUUGGCCGUUUAUGGUCUCUCUCUCUCUCUCUCUCUCACACACACACACGCGCGCGGACGAAAUUUAAUAUCAAUUGCUUGCUUAGGAAAUCCCUUGAGAUGCUUUUUCUUUGCAGAUGGACCUUUGUAUGAUUAUUCUGCUUACACCCAGUGUAAAGCAGUGCCAGAAAGCCCACUCUACAAUGGUGGGAUCAUCAGCGGUCAAAGCACAAGGUUGGCCUCUGGACUCAACAUUUCUGGAGCUAGCAGCCGUCAUUUCCCUGCUUUUGUGUUGCAUAAUCUCACUGCCAACACCAUCUACUCUUUCUCUGGUUAAGUGCUGUAAACACGAGAUUUUUCUUAUUGCUUUUGUAGUUUGAUAUUGUAUGAUUACAUAUAGCGGCAUAAGUAGCCAUAGAUGAAAGAGGUUUUCAAUAAAACUCUUGAAGAGUAGAAGGGAUUUGACACUAAUCCAUGCAUGUCAUUGCUAAUAAUCAAAAGGUUGGGUAAAGAUAAAGGGUGCAAAUUCGGCCCCCAUAAAGGCAAGUCUCACAGCAGAUAAUACUACCUUCCAGUGCAUAGGGACUGCUAUUGCAAAGAGCAGAUGUUGGUCUUUUCUCAAAGGAGGAUUCGUUGUAGAUUCUCCCUCAGAUCUCUCCAUCCUCCUCUUUCAGAAUGUGGAUACUAGCAAUGCCAAUAUAACAGUUGCAAGUGUCUCUUUGCAGCCAUUUACAGAUGAAGAAUGGAGAACAAACCAGGAAUACAAAAUCAACACUAAGACGAGCUGUCAUAAUCCAUGUAUCGGAUGUGCAUGGAGACAUUCUCGAAGGAGCAGAAAUCAAGGUGGAGCAAGUUUCAAGAGAAUUUCCAUUCGGAUCCGCCAUAGCAAAGACAAUUCUUGGAAAUUUGCCCUACCAGAAUUGGUUCGUGGAGAGAUUCAACACAGCAGUGUUCGAAGACGAGCUGAAAUGGUACUCAACAGAGCCCCGGCAGGGGAAGAUCAACUACACAAUACCAGAUCAAAUGCUGGAAUUCGUCAUAGCCAACAAACUCACAGCCAGAGGACACAACAUCUUCUGGGAAAACCCUAAUUUCACGCCGGCAUGGGUUCGGAAUCUGACCGGAGGCGAGCUGAGCGCCGCCGUGCACUCCCGGAUCGAGAGCCUGAUGAACAAGUACCGAAGCGAGUUCAUCCACUGGGACGUGAACAACGAGAUGCUGCACUUCGACUUCUACGAGCAGAGGCUGGGCCCCAACGCGAGCUUGGCAUUUUUUAGAACAGUUCAUGGGUCGGACCCGUUGGCGACGCUGUUCAUGAACGAAUUCAACGUGGUGGAGACUUGCGAUGAUGCGAAUUCCAGCGUGGAUGCGUACAUUGGGAGGCUGAGAGAGCUGAAGCGAGGCGGGGUCUCCAUGGAUGGGAUUGGGCUGCAAGGCCACUUUGGGAAGCCCAAUCCUGCGCUUAUCAGAGGCGUCUUGGACAAGCUGGCGACGCUGGAACUUCCCAUUUGGUUCACGGAGGUUGAUGUCACCAACACCUUCGACAUGGAGACACAGGCCAAAUACCUAGAAACAGUGCUGAGAGAAGGCUUCUCACACCCAGCUGUAAACGGGAUAAUGCUCUGGACGGCUCUGCAUCCAACCGGCUGUUACCGAAUGUGCCUCACCGACAACAAUCUUCACAACCUCCCCGCCGGCGACGUCGUCGACAACCUCCUCAAACAAUGGCAAACUGGCGCGGUGACCGGCCGGACAGAUGACCAUGGUUCCUAUACCUUCUUUGGCUUCUUAGGCCAAUACCAACUCAUUGUCACUUAUGCCAACAGAAGCGCCAAUUCUACCUUUUCUCUGUGUAGAGGCGAUGAAACCAAACACUUCACCAUUCAACUUUUAUAAUUUCUAUAUGUCUAUGUGAAAUUAGUUAGUCAGAUUAGUUUUUCUUGAUACUGCUAGUGCUCUUAGAAUGCAGGCUAAUUUACCAAAAACUUUCUAGUAUGAAUGUGUUCUUACAGCUACAUAUUUGAUAAAUUGAC